GGUAACUCUUUCUGCUACUACAGACAGGGAGGUGGAAAUGGAGUGUCGGUUUGUCUGGGAAUGUCAACAACCACGUUCGUGUAAGCGUGACAGCACAAGCCAGGGAGCCUACCAGUAUGCCGAUCUACUCCCGGGCCUGGAUGAGCGCCGGGGCAGGCGACGUGGACGCCUCCGCCAAUCCCAUCAUUAUCUACGCUGAGGUGAAGCAAGGAAAUAACCCCGUCGUCGGCGCCCGUGUUAGGGCAUAUGUGAGUCAACCAGACACAACAGCCCGAGCCACUGAGUUAGAGCUGCUGGAUAAUGGACAAGCAGCAGACAACCAGGCAGGAGAUGGUGUCUACUCCCGCUAUCUCACUGUCUACUCUACCACAGGGAGAUACGCCGUCAAGGCUCAGGUGUGAGGCUUGCAGCUAUGUGUGCUCUU